AUGUUUGGCUUUUCUACCCUGAACAGCUUUGAAACUGGUUUCUUUCAGAAAGUAUUCUACAGGAAAAAAGGUUACGGUGUCCAUUUGAGUUCCAUCUUGUCCAGGACUGGUUUCUUUUCUGCUGCCAACAUGGCAACAUCACUUAGAACUGCGUGGCCCAGCCUCUUCUGGAUGCGUUCACUAGCAGCUUGUAAGCAGGCCCCGCUGCAGAAUGGAGCUGUGUGUCGUGCUUGCCAUAAAUCUACAUAUUCAGUUCUCCCUGAAGACUACAACUGCAAAGUGGAACUUGCAGUGACAUCAGAUCUGAAGACAAUUGUCUGCUACCACCCAUCGCUUGAGAUUCCAUAUGAGCAUACAAAACCCAUACCACGGCCAGAUCCAGUGAAUAAUAAAGAAGAAAACCUUGAUCAAGUUUUGAAAUCCAGAUUGGACGAAAAAGAGCUAAAGAACGAUCAAGGUCCUACAAUCGAAGAGCUCAGCAAAAUGUUUUACACAACAAAACAUCGCUGGUAUCCUGUGGGACAGUAUCAUAGAAGACGCAGGAAUCCUAAUCCUCCCAAAGACCGAUAAUUGGGACAACUUCUUGUUCAUCAGCACAUUACUAGUAAUCUUUACUGGAAAUAAAAAUUACAGAAAGUGA